AUGGCCCUACUUCGCAAACUGCUCGGGCUUCUUUUACUGCCCAUCGUCGUCCAAGCCCAUGGCAGCCCUAAGGCGGAUAUCCGCGCCGACACCAAUCGAGACGGCCUCGUGGAUCUCGCGGGCGACUCGGAUCUCAACGGGAAGAGCCACUGGACCGAGACUCGCGGCGCCCUGUUUCUGCCAAACAUCGGCGAUACGGAUAGGAGAUGCUCGCGGGAGGCUCUUGUCGGUCCUCGGUUGAGCAACGCCCGGCUGGAUGACUGUCACGACGCCGCCGAUGACAUCCAGCGAGCACCCGAAUUGAUGGCCGUCGUUCGAACGGUACCCAUGUCCGGCCUGUCGAGCAACGCCACCGGGUCUAUUUCAAUUGCGGAAGAGGUCGCGCGCGACAACGUGCGUAUUUUCCGUCCGGACGGCAGCAGUUGGGUCUAUGUCGGCAGUAACCAUACCUUCGGCCAGGACGAGCUGACGGCCGGACUUACCCUCGGAGUGGAUGGUCGCGAUACGCGCCGGCCCGGGGGCUGGGAUGGCCGGGUGACGCUGCAGUUCACCGUGCGCCAGGGUGACUGGCAUUCUAGUGACACUGUUCAGCUGCGCGUGGCGCCGGUGCUCGUCCACCACCACCUGCAGCGCGUGGGGCAAGUACUGGCCGUGCGAGGGAAUGCGAGUGCCUCACCGUGGGUGGAUCGGUAUUCUCAUGACCUUGCCCUGGUUGUGCGCGAGGCCGGACUAGCAGCUGACAUACACCUUUUCGAGACCGGCGAGGACGUCUGGGUGCAGGAUUUUGUCGAGCCCGGGUUUGCCACCAUGCCAGGCCCCGACGGCCCCGUCGCCAUCCGCAUCAUGAUCCGGUCGCCGCAGGACGAGCGUGUGGCCGGACGGCAGCUAUUUGAGAGUUUUCGUCGCUCCGGAGUCGGUGCCGUUCAGCAUUUGGGCGGCGCGAAUGAGGAGAUCAACUCUGGCGGCAACGUCGAAGCGGUGCCGCCCCAUAGCCUGAAUGGUCGUGCCUGGCCAGCCGGUCGCGUCCUCAUGGGUGCACACGGGGCUCGGCAGCACCACCUGUUGCCCUAUCUGCAGGCCCAAGAGACGCAGGAGCCCAUUCUUCUCGACACGGACUGGCUGGCCAUCGGGCACGUGGACGAGUUCCUGCAGUUUCUCCCGGCCGACACCGAGCGCGGCUGGGUCGCUAUGGUCGACGAUCCCCGGGCGGCGAUCGAUCUACUCCGGACACUGCGCGACGAGGGACACGGUGGUUUGCAUGCCCUGUCGCGCAAUGAGUCCCGCACGCCGCGCGGGUGUAACGGCUGGGGUUGCGACCCGGCCCCGGUUCCGGCGACGACGAUCGAGCAGCUGCUCUCCGACGAGAAGUUGAUGCAGGUCAACCUCCGCUGCGCCGACCGGAUUGACGCUAACCUGGAUAUUCUGAAGCGCGAGGUGGGUCUGACGGACGACGCCGUGCUGCGAAUCCCGGCCCUAUUCCGCAACCACCCCUUCCCGGAGGAAGAAGGCCCUGAGGUGACGCAGGCGACGCUGAAAGUCGGCGCCUUCUUUCCUGGCGCCGUGAACAACCUUGUCCUGACGGGGUUUCGCACCUGUGUUGCGCCGAAUCCCUGGGGUCCCUCGCCGAACGGUACCGACGUCCUGGCGGAGGCCAUUCGGAGACAGUAUGCCAAGCUGGGAAUAGAAAUCAAAUUCAUCGACGAUUGGACCAGCCAUCAUGUGGAGGGAGGCGAAGUCCAUUGCGGUAGCAACACUCUCCGGGACAUGUCGCAACCCUGGUGGUAG